CCCGAAGCACAACGGCAUUCCCCGAAGCACAACGGCAUUACCCGAAGCACAACGGCAUUACCCGAAGCACAACGGCAUUAACCACAGCGCGACGGCAUUAGCCGCAGCAUAUCAAUAUUAACCUCCUCAGCACAACGGAAAUGACGACUAUUUUUCUUCCUACUGGCGGGAAAACAUAAAGUCAGUUUCAACCUAUUCGGGGCUCCUGAGAGAGGUGACAAUGUACUGCCCAUUUUGCGCAUCUGCAGUGGUGUCCCAAGGAAGGACAUUCUGUAGUUCAUGUGGGAAAAAUAUCAGCUUCCUAUACAGUGUUGAUACAACUCAACAAGCCACAACAAGUGAAGCCGAAAGCAGUGGGACAGAUGCUCUAGCAACGUUCCAGAAUUUCCGAUCCAUCAAGGACAUGGAAAGGCGAUCUUGUUUCAAAAAGAAAAAAAACUUAAAAGAAAAAUAUGUUAAGAUGUUAAUUGGAUUAAUGACAAGGAAGGACAGCAUUCUGAAACCAGUCCGAGGAUCAUGUCUACCCCUGGUAGUAGAGCCAGAAUCCAAUGCUACACAACUCCAGAAAGCGGCAGAACAAAAAAUGAGAAACUUUAACCAAAAUUUAAAUUGUGGUCCUUACACUCUGCUGUACCCCGAUGGUACAGAGGUAAAAAAUAUACCUGGGACCCAAACAUCCUUCUCGCUACAACUGUAUAAGGAGGCAAUAGGGAAGGCUUAUCAAAGGAUUACACUUUAUCUUUGUACAGUUGAAGACUUUGUCGCUCAAAUAGAGGAACAUGUCACUUCUGACUCGAGUGACUCAGAGGUGAUCGCUAUCAGUGGAGUUACAGCACAGUCAAAUGCAACGUACAUAUUACCAAGUGUGGCUUUUGACACAGAAGUUCCAGGAACAUCGAGAGAUGCAAUGACAGCCACAUGCUACAGCACAUACACAGAACUCUAUGCACCAGUUGUAAUAGAGGAUGAGGAGUCAGGCAGUGAUGCAGAAAGCCUUAGCAUUUCAAAAGAUACAGAAAUGGAACAACCAUCAGCAGCCAACAUAAUUGCAAAUCUGGCAUCCCAGAUUGAUCACUGUGCCAUCAGCAGAUUCAACAUCUGUCGUUCGGACAUUUGGGAUGGAGCUGUCAGAGGGUUUAAGCGUGGAACCUUUUCUGAAAAGAAGGAUCUUUAUGUAAAGUUCUCUGAUGAUGAAGGGAGGUUGGAAGAAGGUAUCGAUAUGGGUGGCCCAAAAAGAGAAUUUCUCUCCCUACUCAUGAGAAGGCUAAACCAGAGACCCAUUUUUGAUGGACCUCCAGAAAGCAGAUAUCUUGUCUACAAUUCAACAGCUUCAAGAGACAAUGAGUACAGGUUGGCAGGGCAGAUGAUUGCUGUGUCUAUCGUGCAUGGUGGACCUGGACCAAAUUUCCUCUCAAAGGAUCUGGUCAGCUACAUGUCAGGGCAGUCCAGCUUCAACUCAUCUGUAGAAGACAUCAAAGAUGAAGUUAUAGGGACAGUGCUGCAAGAGAUACUGAAUGCAUCCUCGCUGGAAAGCCUGCAAGACCUAAUGCUUAGGCACAGCACAAUGCUGCAGACGGCAGGGUGCUUUAAAAGCGUAGCAUCACUACAGGAAAAGCACUCAGUUGUGAGGGAGUACCUCAGGUGGUACAUAAUUGAACGGAACCACAGUGCAAUUGAAAGAUUCAAAGAUGGUCUUAAUUGCUUGGACUUUUUAACAGCACUGCAGCAGUACCCUGCGGUUAUGGCCCCUCUUCUCUGCCAUGUGGAUAAACGGCUAUCUGCUUUGGAUAUUGAAAACCUGUUCAAACCAGACCUCAGUGAAGCUGGAAGCAACAAGAGGAACCAGGAGGAAAGAACAAUCAGCUUCUGGGCAGACUACCUUCUGGAUUGUGAAGAAACAGUGUUAUAACGCUGGAAGACAUCUUCAUGUUUGCUACAGGAGUGUCUGGCAUCCCUCCUGCUGGCCUGGAACCUCUGCCAAAACUUCAAUUCCUUGAAAGCUCAAAGUUUCCCAUGGCAAACACAUGUGCCAACAUUUUAAAGCUCCCUCUCCUGGAAAACUACAACACGUUUAAAGAAAAUAUGACAUUUGGCAUCAGGAACUCUCCCGGAUUUGGAUGUAUUUAAUCAUAAACCAUCAACCAUUUCAAAAGAUUUAAAAAUUCAAAAUAUUGUUUUAUAUAUUGUUAUACGUACCUUAGUUAGGCAAUGUUACAAAUUAGCCAUGUUCUUAAGUCUUAAGUAGUUCUCAAUGGCAGCUUCCCAGUUGAGAGGAGUUGGCAAUCCACUUUGUCUCUGCAGCUGACAUAGGCGAGCUUCCAGAUCCUCAUCAGCAUCCAGACUAGUUGCAGGUGGCAUCUGGCUGCUGAACCGUCUCACAGCCUCUGCGGAUGUUGGAAAGCCACAGUUCCUUCCGUUGAACCUUAGAGGAAAAUUUCAAGUACAGACAACCUUUUGCUGUAAUCACACCAUAUAUUUUUUGUUCAAAUAAAUAAUUACUUCAAAUAAA